GGCUCCGACCAGAACCCCAUCCGAUUCGAUCGGAACCCAACGCGGUGUGCCUCGUGCCUCCCGUCCCGUCGUCCUGACCGCCACAUGUCCUCCUCCGCCGGCGACGGCUGCGCCCUCCCGUCGACGACGUCCAAGGGCAAGGCCAUGAUGGACGACGACGAGGCCGAGGCGGCGGAGGGCGUGCUGUGCGGCAUCUGCCUCACGGACUCGCGGCGGGCGAUCCGGGGCGAGCUCGAUUGCUGCGCCCAUCACUUCUGCUUCGUCUGCAUCAUGGCCUGGGCGCGGGUCGAGUCGCGCUGCCCCUUCUGCAAGGCUCGCUUCCGCACAAUCCGCCGCCCGCCCGUCCCCGGCCGCUUCCCCUCCGAGCGCCUCGUCACCGUCGCCGAGCGCAACCAGCAGGUAUACCAUCCUCGAGGCAACGAGAGUAGCCUUGUGAACACUGAUCCCUACGUGAACAGCAGCUGCAGCAUGUGUAACUGCUCCAGGGAUGAGGAGCUGUUGCUGCUCUGUGAGCUGUGCGAUGCAGCUGCGCACACAUAUUGUGUUGGACUCGGGACCACUGUGCCGGAGGGAGACUGGUUCUGCAAGGACUGUGCGACAUCCAAGGAGGAGCAUUCAAGGUGUGAGAUCGAUGAUGCCGGGUCUAGUGAUCAGGGCGAAUUUGAAAUCACCACUGAAGUUCCGAGUGCUGAGCCAGUUGCAGACCCUACUAUUUUUUAUACUGUUGAUGAGGCGUACUCUCUGAGUUCAGUGCGCAGGGCAAAUGCGUCGAGCAGUGGGCAUUUCUUAGUUGAUUCAGUUCCUUCCAUUUAUGAUAUUGUGGAUGAGGAUUAUGCAACAAACCGAGUGUGCAGGAGUAAUGUGCGGAGCACCAGGCUUGAUAGAAAGGCUGAUGAUUUCCGACCGAGUACUUCUUCAGAUGAAUCUUAUUGUCAUGAAACUCCUCAAGAGCGAACCAGUGGUCGCACGUUCCAUAGCCUUGCUCGCUUUAGAGUUGAGAAAGCUAGAACAUUGCCAAAUUCUCGCAACCUUAGCAACCGCAUAAUGGCAUUGCGUGAAAACUGGCCUGCACUCCGUGCAGGUUCUGUGGGGUUUGCCACACAUCUACACAACAAUAGAAGGGAAAAUGGUACCGGAACCAUUUCUGCUGUGAGUGACAAUAAGCGGUGUGCAACAUCCAUGGUUGCUACUUCUUCUGUAAAUGAGCAUCAGCACUCCAUCGGGGAAACCACUACCAUGUCUGAGCAUGCUAACAAAAUUUCACCUAAGGAGACCAGCCAUGUGCGUAAGGCAUGGAAAAUGCUGGAAAUGGCAAAAUCUGCUGGUGAAAGGAAGAAAUGUAACAAGCCUUCCUCCCCGGACUGCACUCCUCGAUUCUCCAUGGGAAAUAGAUCAAGUUCAUGCUGCCCAAUUGAUACAAUCUUAGGACAGAUGAACCAGACCCUGUCUAAUGAGGUAGCUCAGAGGAACACUGUGAAAUAUGGCCGUGGUUCAAAAAAGGAUAAUACGCUGCCCAAGAAGGACAAUGAAGGAAACUGCAAAUUGCCUGUGAGUUACCAUGUAUUAGCUCAUGAAAGGAUGGGUUCUUCCAGGGACAGAAUGGUAAAUCUGGAAGGUCCAAAUGAUAGAGUUGCCUCAUCAAGCCACAGUGAACAUGUUGAUCAGAUGUCAGAGGCUUCAUGCGGUGUUAAAGUUGCCUCAUCAAGCCACAGCCAACACAUUGAUCAAACGUUACUGCAUCCACUUGCAAACAAUAGUCUAUCGUCUGCUCGAUCUACGGUUACCUCGGCGCUACAAUUUGCAUCGAACGCUGGGAGCCAAUCUAGUACGAUGGUAAAGCCUGAGGGAACUUCAGCUGUUUGUGAUGCAACAACAUCCAAUGAAAUUGGUAUUGCUGGAGCAACCGUUCAAGCAAGGAAAGGUUCUGGACCAGACUGUCAUGGGUCAAAGAGAAAACAUUGUUUCGAGACAUGUGAUGGUCAAGGAUCCAAAAAGUCCAGGACAAGCUGUAAAAUUGCAAAAGCUGAAAUUUCGUCUAUGGCCAUGCGUGAGUUGAAGCUACUCAAGAUAGACAAAACACAUGGUUCUGACAGAUUCAAGGAAGUUGCUCGAGCAGCAACACAUACUGUCUUAGCUUCAUGCGGAUUGGAACAUUCGCCAUCACUAGCACUUGCACUCCCUAAACCAGCUUGCAAGGACAGCUGCAGAACCGAACCUCUCAAACUGUCAGCGAUAACAAAUACUUGCAGAGAGUGCCUGUGUGAUUUUGUAAAACAAGUCAUCAGUUCAGUGCUGUCUGGCAGGCAGAUGGAUCAAACUGGUGACCCCUGCUAGACUAGAGUUCAUACAUAUUAGUCAGUAACUGUCUUCAGUUGUAGUCAAGAUGAACAUAGCAUAGCUCAAAUAGGACACAUGUUGUACUUGUACAUUUUCAUAGCAUGUUACAAUGUAGUAUUUAUUGGCUAGGCCUACCUAACCCAUGGCAACUAACAUAGUACUUGAAACAACAUUUUGUUGGUUUGUAAUUUUGUAUGAUGCAUGGUUGGACAACUGGAGCACGGAAUUGGUUUCACAUGCCA